CCUUGUUACACAUACGGAAAUCAUUAACCGGAAAUGCAGAAUUGAACGAUACACCAAUUUCAAAACAUGGGGAUCGCUCAAGGAACGCAAGCGGCUAGUUCCUCAUCAUCUAGGACACCAAACAACCUGUCCGCUCCAACGUUGACCAAAAGUCCAUGGAGAAAAACUCAAUUUACUUACCAAAACCUUGUCGACGAAAUAAUUAGUAUAAAGCCCCAAUGUCCGGCUAAUGUGUUGUUACUUGGUCCUACCGGGGCUGGUAAGUCUUCCUUCAUAAACUCAAUACUUACAACCGCCAAGGGACGUCGUGUGAACAAGGCGUACACUGGAAACAAAGAGACAAGUUUUACUACAACCUACGAAAGGUAUAUGGACGAAGGUAUUGUACAACAUUGUUGUUUAUGGGACAGUAUGGGUAUAGAACACGUGCUGGAAGGUGGACUUUUACUCGACGACCUUGUAUAUCUACUUAAAGGUCAUAUAAAAAGGGGAUACAAGUUCAAUCCACGAUCGAAAAUAUCCGAGACUGAUCCGUUCUUUCGCACCAAGCCUCGAAUAGAAGACCAGAUACAUUGUGUUGUGUUUGUCCUAGACGCUGGCAUGGUUGAUGAAGCCAUUAUGAAGCCAUACAUGUCAAAGAUCGCAUCUCUCCAGGAACGAGCACAUUCUCUCAAUAUACCGUGUAAUUUGAUUCUGACCAAGAUUGAUGAACUCUGUCAAGAAGUGCGCGAGGACGCCGAGAAAACAUUUUGGAGCGUCAAAGUUCACUAUGCUGUUAUAUCAGCAGCGAACAUGUUUGGAAUUCCGGAAGGAAACAUACAUCCGGUCAGAAAUUAUGAAGUGGACAUAGAGAUUGAUGACGCAGCAAGCACGCAUAUCUUAAUUGCCCUCAGACAAAUCAUGUACUUUGCAUCUGAUAAAAUUGAGGAGCUGAAGAAAAAUGAAGAACGUGGGUGUAUUGUAUCUUGAACUUUUAUGAAAGUGUAUGUUGAACUUUUAGAAAGACAAAAAACUGCCAAAACAUUUCUAUACAUGAUUCACCAGACAGCAAAGGAAAACAAUUUUAAAAUCACUUAAAAAAAUCGAAGAAAAAACUGUCAAAAAAAUUGUGGGAUGAAAAUUGUAUUUUUGAUCUUUCGCAGUUGUUUUUUUUUUAAAUUUUAAUGUGCUAUUCUACUUAAUUUUAAUGUCAGUUUUUUCCCUGGCAUAUGCGAAAAGCUAAUGUUUUACUAUCACAAUUUUAUAUGUGACAAACUGUUGGCAUUGUUUUUUUUUUAUCUUUAUUUUACUAUUAUCAUUAUCAUCAUCAUUAUUUUCAAUGUGUUUGCGUGGUGUGGUCAGUUCGUAUUUUGACCUGAUCAUUUUAUAGUGUAUUUCCAUGUUUGUGUGAAAAUAUCAAAGAAACAUUUGUAGUACAUUUUCCCAUAUGAUUAAAGUUGUCAUUAUUUACAACCUAUUCACACUUUAUGUCUUACAUGGACUUGUCCAGUCUUUAAUCUGGACAAAACCAUUCAUUAUUGUUAGGGACAAGUACGGGCUAAAGAGUAAAAGUGCUGGCCAUGAUUAGUUUCAUGAACCAACAUGCACUCGUCAUAUAAGCUGUCAGCAGACUGUUUAUUUUAUGUGCAGUAAAAGCCAGGGAGGAAGUUAGAGGGAAGUCUUUCAAGUAAAAAAAUCACAGGAUUGUUUUUUCAACUGGACACAUGGUGUAAAGCCUUUCAAUGAGUGUGCAAGAACAAUGUAAAGAAUGAAUUGAAUAUAAUGAUUGUUGUAUCAAAGUUUAGGGACCUUUCUGUUGAAAAUGUGUCAGUUAAAUCGUAUACAUAUACAUGCACGGUGCGUUAACUGGAGUGCAGGUAUUAGUUACCCGCACUCCAGAGCACGCCCAUUGAUUGGCUCAUUUUUGCUGGGGUUUACUUAUUGUGGGAAAGCGACAGAAAUAUCAUUUUCAGAUGCUCUAUCAUUGGUUCCUUUUUUCUUGGGUUUCCUAUUGUGACUACAGGGAACAUGUUUUUAUGUUUGACUAUGAUACAAAAGAGAAAGAACAUCAAAACACUUGGCAAUCUGAUUCAUACUCGAAGCUAUGCCCCCUCGUACAAAUCACAUAGCUUUGUGUUUAGAUGCUCUCUCUUUUACUUAUUCACUUAGAAGUCUUAAUAUGACUCCAUUAAUAUCACAUUUGAUGUCACAGAAGGUCAGUUCUUCAAUUUUUGAAACAAACAAACAAACACAGCGUUCAGAACUCCACUCUCAUAUUUUCAAAUAUAUAUUUUUUUUAAUGCAUAUGCCAUAUAAAGUAGAAAAAAAACUU